GUAUUUUUAUGAGAAGUGUCUGUCAAUCACUAAAUAAAACAAUUAAUGAACAUAAAUAUGUUUUGCUUUUAAUAAAUAUUACAAAUGAAAUGGGGUUUGUUGAGGAUAGUAUUAUAGUUUUUGUGUCACAGGUAUGCUUCUUUGUUGGCGGUUGGGUGUUUUUUGUUAAACAAUUAUUUAGAAAUUACGAAAUCCGCCAUGUAUCUGUGCAACUAAUAUUUUCUAUGACAUUUGCAUUAUCGUUAACAAUGUUUGAGUUAAUUAUUUUUGAGAUAUUGGGGUUUUUGGAAUCUACAUCUCGAUAUUUUCACUGGCGAUUGGGUCUCACAUUUUUAUUAAUUAUGGUAAUAGCAGUCAUUCCACUUUACAUAGCAUAUUCAUUUAUCAGUAAUAUUUCAUUCGUUCCUGAAAGAUGGGUUAAAUCGAUAACAAUAUUUCUUUGGUUUUGCUAUCUUUAUGCAUUUUGGCGUAUUGGUGAUCCUUUUCCUCUCUUGAGUGUGCAACACGGUAUCUUUACCAUAGAGCAAGCGGUAUCCAGAAUCGGUGUUGUUGGCGUUACCGUCAUGGCUAUUUUAUCUGGUUUUGGGGCUGUUAAUUAUCCAUAUACUAGCAUGGCGUAUUUUAUUAAACCAGUAUCCCCUCAAGAUGUAAUUAAUUUAGAGAGAAGACUAAUGUUAACCAUGGAUAUGAUUAUAAAUAAGAAAAAGCGAAUUGCUGUGGAAAUAAAAAAAUCAAAAGAAAAUCCCAAUAUGAGGCCUAGGCUUUGGAACAUACUAAGUUCAGUUGCACAAAGUUACUCAGGAACAAGUGAAAAUAUCGGGCAGCUUCGUUUGGAGAUAGCUGGUUUAGAGGAAUUGUCUAGACAAUUGUUUUUAGAAAUUAAUUCUCUUAAAAAUAUGCAAGAAAGACAGGUAUGGGCUACAACUUUUCAAGGAAAAUACUUCAACAUAUUGGGAUAUUUCUUUAGUCUUUAUUGUCUAUGGAAAAUUUUUAUAAGCACAGUAAACAUCAUUUUCGAUCGCGUUGGUCGAAAAGAUCCAGUUACGCGUGGACUUGAAAUUGCAGUGCACUGGUGUGGAUUUAAUAUUGAUUUAGCGUUUUGGAAUCAACAUAUAUCUUUUUUUUUGGUUGGUUGCAUUGUUGUUACUUCCAUUAGAGGCUUACUUCUCACCCUAACUAAGUUUUUCUAUAAGAUGUCAUCUAGUAAAUCAUCAAAUCUCAUAGUUUUAUUAUUAGCACAAAUAAUGGGAAUGUACUUUUGUUCUUCAGUACUGCUGAUGCGAAUGAAUAUGCCAGCUGAAUAUCGCGUAAUCAUAACAGAAGUUUUAGGAAGUUUGCAUUUUAAUUUUUAUCAUAGAUGGUUCGAUGUGAUUUUUUUAGUUAGUGCUUUAGCAACAAUUAUUUUUCUUUACUUGUUAAGGUUUAACCACAGCUCAACGGAUGAUUAAAAAAGUAAUUAUUUUAGAAAUUCUUAGAUAGGUUUGCUAAAAUUAUUAUGAAAAUAAAUUUCGAAUAAUGUUGUUGAAACCGUAAAGUAAAUUAAAUAUAAUUUAUUAAUAUUUACUACAGUUUCUAUAGAACUUUUUGUAUGUAUAUAUAUAUUCUUAUGAAUAUGCAUAAAAUAUUCUUUGAUUUACCUUCCGCAACUUGUAAAAUUUUAAUGUUUAACUUAAUUGUAAAGAUAUUUAAAAUUUCAUUUAGUGAUGAAAAAUAAAUAAACUCUUUAAUUAUUUACAUACAUACAUAUUCUUAUAACAAUUGUGGCAAAUGUGUAUACAUAAUGUUAAUUCAUAUUAUUAUAGUGUCACAUGUGUUCAAAAUUUAAAAAAACAUUGCUUAAUUCCGGUUCAGCCAAACAUUGUAUCAUGUGAAACUUUUGAGUAAAAACUAAAAAUAGCAAUUGUAAAAUAUUUCAGGAUAACUAUAUUCUAAAUAGCUUUAGGAAGACUAAUAGAAAACCAAUAUUAGAUUUUUAGAUUUCAAUAAAAAAUCAUACAAUUAUUAUGUUUUAUAUAAAUAAUUAUAUGGUUUUGCUUGGAUAGAAUUAAUUUUUGAAGCACCCCUAUAAACAAUUUUGGAACCUUUUAAAAAAUAUUCCUAAAACAAUAUAAUAUUGAAUUAUAUUACUAAGUAUAUAAAAUAAUAUUAUAUUAAAAUAUCAUUUAUACUUUAAAGUAUUUCUAUAAAAUAGUACUUUUGUCAGCUGUUGUUCAUUGUCAAUAGGACAAUGUUAAUAGUGUCUUUCAUAAAAUAGUCUUUGUAUAGUAUCCUUGAGUUCCGUAAUGUGAUACUACACUACUACAGUAUUUAUAUUUUAUUCAGACAUUUAUGAUUAAGCUGAGUUCAACAACUUUAGUUCUAAGCUAAAUCAGAUCAUAACUGCAACACGAAACCCAAGCUAUUUAAAAUUUUUAUAUAAAAAUAUAAAUAAUGUACAUAUUUAUGUAUAAAUGUUGUUGCAUUUCAUGUACAUAUCUAUGUAUAAACAUGAAAUAUGUAUAAACGAUCGUUUCAACCGGACAUGGCUCGAUCAGCUUUAUAUCUAAGUAAAUACCGUUUAGGCUCGCAAAUUCUUUGUUCGUGGUAAAAACAUGCACGCAUAGUAUGCCGUAACAAAUUGUCCGCCGUAUGUUUCCUAGGCAGGUACAAUUGUAUGAGGUACAAUUUCUAUUUAAACCAUUGAAUUACAAACAUAUCGACAUUUCGAUAUGACAUAAAAGCAGACUUGAUAGUUCAUUUUAGGUGAAACAUACGGGCUUAUCAAAUUUCGUUUGUAGCUCUGAAAUUCAGAAAAAUACAAAUUACUAAAACUCUGCUCCGAAUAUUCGUAAUAGUAAUCGUAAUAUUAAUCAUAUUCGUAAUAGUCAUCAUAGAUUACAUUCGUAGUAAAAAUUAUACUCAAAAAUCUGCGAAAGAAAGAAUCACUCUUAACAAGCAUUUUAAAGAAAAUAUUCGUUAUUAAAUUUUUAAAUUUUGAAAUUUUUUCUGCGCCGAAGUAUGAGUCGUAGUUAUGUUCGGAAUUUGUUGGAUUCCGCGAAGGGAAUUCAUGAUAGAACUAAUAACAUUUUAUACAUUCAUACAAUUAUACAUAUGUACGUGUUCUGAUGGAAGUAAAAAAAGGCCAACUUUUAAAAAUUAGUAAUCUCGAAUAACUAAAUUUAAUAAACAUUUUAACUAAAUUUCAUAGAGUUGUGAAGCAGCAUCGUAUGUGUAAAUGAAACUUUAUUCAUGGCUUCUGUUUAAUCUGAAUUCACAUAUAUAAUGUACGUUGCUAACAAUAAUAAAUCGUCAGGUUUCACUUAAUUUUUUCAAUUGGAAACAUGAAAAUAGUAAAAAAAAAGCAAAAUUUCUUUUAAUUUAAAAAAUUUCUUUUAAUAAAAAAAUUUCUUUUAAUAAAAAAAUUUUUUUAAUUUUAAAAAGUUAAUUAGGCAUUAAAGAGACCAAAAUCAUCAAUUUAGUUUACAAUAUUUUAAAUAUGGAAUGCCGUUGGACAAUAAGUUGAGGUUGAAGAAAUAAAAAUAAUUCAUAAUAAAAUUUGUUAAUCGAAGUAGUAUUAAUACGUUAAAGCAUCUGUUUGAAGGCACAUUCAAAACUUAAAAAAAAACAAUAGUUUUUUUUUUUAGCUGAACGGAAUUAUGAAAACGCAAUCAAGUCGCAGCUAUAUGUUAUACUUUCUGACAACAGAAAUUAGAAGAUUACAAGCGCUUAUUCAUGCACUGAAUUGUUAAAAAAAUUAAAUAAACUUAAUUGAUUAAAACUCAAAAUUUUAAUUUUUUUUCAAUUUAUGUUUAAUUUGUAUACUUUAAUAAUGAAAAUUAUUUUAUAAUGUUACAACUUUAGUAAAAUAUUUCCGAUUUUCUUAUUCUACACAAAUUUUCAAUAAUCUAUAAUAAAAAUUUUAAACUAAAUAUGAAGUUAAAAAUGAACAGAUUUUUAUAUUUUAAAAUAUUUUUGUUUAGUAAAAUAUAAUAAAAUAUUGUUUAUUUUAUUAAUAAAAUAUGUAUAAUACAUGUUUUAUAUAAAAAUAUGUAGCACAAUACAAAAACGAGUUUAUUUUAAGUUAAAAUAUUUAUUUAAGUUCUGCUUGAUUUUUUCAAUAGUUUUUCUUAAAUUUUUAAUACUUCUUCGAUAUUCUAACUAAAAAAUGUAUAAAGUAGUACACUAUAAAAAUCAUGCAAUUUUAUAAAACAUUUGAGUGAAACAUUUGGAUUUAUGAAUAUAUGCAUGAGUUUUUGGCACGUUGGAGUAUUUUUUAACAAAUGUAUAUUUAAUUCUAAAUUUUUUUUAUAAAUAUAUAUAGGUGUAUAAUUAUAUCAGUUUUUAUGUUACUUAAUUUUAAAAUUAAUUAAAAUUUUAUCACUUCAUUUAUAAAUAACAGGGCUAUUCACGUAACUACCAGAAAAAAGCAAGUUAACUAAUAUUUUUUGAAGGUAAGGUAUGUGAAUUUAAUGUAUUAAAUAUGUAUGUAAAUAAUAAAAAACCUUAACUUUU